AGGAGGGAACUCAGGGGUUUGCCUCCCCGCCCCCUCCCCUAGGUGGCGGAGAUCUCGCUGGCUGGAAGGGCGCAGCCCCGCGCCCCGCGCUCACUCGGCAGCCGGGGCGCCAGGAGAGCGGCCCCCGAGGCGGAGCCUCGUUCCUGUCCCCGGUACCGCUGCCCCCACCCGGGGGACAGAGGCGGGCGCCGCGCUGCCCUCCCUCUGCGCGCCGGCCGCGUGGCUUGCGGCUUAUUUUCCCAGCUGGCAAGCGUCGCGCUGCAGACAAGGGAAUGCCUGUGGUCCUGCGUGUUCCGGAGCUCGGGGGCCCCCUGAUCCCGCCAAGCCCCCUCCAGGAGCGGAAGGGUUAAGAAUGAUGAGGAAGAAGAGGAAACGAGGCGCGUCCCCCGGCCCAUGCCGCAGCCACGGCCCCGGAUCCGCCACGGCGCCCGCGCCGCCGCCCUCGCCGGAGCCCACGAGAUCUGCAUGGACGGGCAUGGGCUUGAGAGCAGCACCUUCCUGUGCCGCCGCCGCCUCCGCCGCCGCCGCCGGGGCUGAGCAGCGCCGCCGUCCCCGGCUCUGCCCGCCGCCCCUGGCGCUGCUGCUGCUGCUGCUCAGCCUCGGGCUGCUCCACGCAGGUGACUGCCAACAGCCAGCCCAAUGUCGAAUCCAGAAAUGUACCACGGACUUUGUGUCCCUGACUUCACACCUGAACUCUGCCAUUGACGGCUUUGACUCUGAGUUUUGCAAGGCCCUGCGUGCCUAUGCUGGCUGCACCCAGCGAACUUCAAAAGCCUGCCGUGGCAACCUGGUAUACCAUUCUGCUGUGUUGGGUAUCAGUGACCUCAUGAGCCAGAGGAACUGUUCCAAGGAUGGACCCACAUCCUCUACCAACCCCGAAGUGACCCACGAUCCUUGUAACUAUCACAGCCACACAGGAGCCAGAGAACACAGGGGAGGGGACCAGACCCCUCCCAAUUACCUUUUUUGUGGCUUGUUUGGAGAUCCUCACCUUAGAACUUUCAAGGAUCACUUCCAGACGUGCAAAGUGGAAGGGGCCUGGCCACUCAUAGACAAUAACUAUCUUUCAGUUCAAGUGACGAAUGUGCCCGUGGUCUCUGGAUCCAGUGCCACUGCUACAAAUAAGAUCACGAUCAUCUUCAAAGCCCACCGCGAGUGUACAGAUCAGAAAGUAUACCAAGCUGUGACAGAUGACCUGCCAGCUGCCUUUGUGGAUGGCAGCACCAGUGGUGGGGACGGCGACACCAAGAGCCUGCGUAUCGUGGAGAGGGAGAGUGGCCGCUACGUGGAGAUGCACGCCCGCUACAUAGGAACCACGGUGUUUGUGCGGCAGCUGGGUCGCUACCUGACCCUCGCUAUCCGCAUGCCCGAAGACCUGGCCAUGUCCUACGAGGAAAGCCAGGACCUGCAGCUGUGUGUGAACGGCUGCCCCCUGGGCGAGCGCAUUGAUGAUGGGCAGGGCCAGGUGUCCGCCAUCCUGGGGCACACCCUACCCCGCACCUCCUUGACGCAGGCCUGGCCUGGCUACACACUGGAGACUGCCAACGCUCAAUGCCACGAGAAGAUGCCAGUGAAGGACAUCUAUUUCCAGUCCUGUGUCUUUGACCUGCUCACCACUGGUGAUGCUAACUUCACCGCCGCAGCCCACAGUGCCUUGGAGGACGUGGAGGCGCUGCACCCAAGAAAGGAACGCUGGCACAUUUUCCCAAGCAGCAGCCGUGGGACUCCCCGGGGAGGCAGCCGUUUGUCCGUCAGUCUAGGACUCACAUGCUUGAUCCUUAUUGUGUUUUUGUAGGGGUUGUCUUUUGUUUUGUUUUUUAUUUUUUUGUCUAUAACAAAAUUUUAAAAUAUAUAUUGUCAUAAUAUAUUGAGUAAAAGAGUAUAUAUGUAUAUACCAUGUAUAUGACAGGAUGUUGGUCCUGGGACACCCACCAGAUUGUACAUAUUGUGCUUGACUGUUUCCAUGUACGUUGGAUGUAGUGUUCUUUGAUUGUAUCGAUUUUGUUUUGCAGUUUUGUGAAAUGUUUUAUAAUGUCCCUGCCUGGGGCCUGUUAGAAAGCACUUUAUUUUUUAUAUAUUAAAUAUUUAUGUGUGUACCUGGUUAGUACGUAUAGUACAUAUACACAGACGUCAUACACAGCGUGUCAUUGGAAGAUGACCGGUGACGUUGUUUGUAGCUGUUCUUGGCUGUCCCCUCCUACCCUUUCCCGUUGCUACUGACGUGCCGUGGUGGCAGCUUUCACUGGCACCUCCUGAUGGAGCUGCCUCGUUCCUUCAGAUGGGGUGGGUCCUUACCCCUGUGCCCUCCCUCGAUUUGGAGGGCUAGUUCACUCCCCCUUACAGGUGCUUUGGGCUCUGUUAAACACUGAUCUCUAAGGAGCCCUCUCCACUCUAACAGCUGCCACUUCAUCAGAGAGUAGGGAGAAUAUUACUACAGUUCUUAUUAACUAGGAUUGCUAGAUCUGAGCACUUGUGGUAUUUUAGGUUGAACUAUAUGAAACUGCUGUUUUUAUAGGUCAGAAGGGGCCAGUGAUGGCAAUUUCAUAGAUAAAUACCAGGCAUUUUGCUAGUCGCCAGUAAGUAGCUCUCGGUCUUUUUCUCAUCACAUGUCCCUGUUUAAACUAGUUUUUCCCUCUUUUAACUCUAUUCUGCAUUGAACAAAUAAGACACAAAAUCAUAAAUUUCGUGAUCAUGGCUUGCUCUUCUCUCUAUAAUUUGUGUCAUGUUCUUAGCUUUCUCCUCUUUGGCUGUUUGGGCCCAGAAACACACUGUUCCCUGUCCUCACCCUCAGUACGCCCCCCUCAGCCUCACCUAUGAACCCAGGUAUGGGGGUUUGUUAGAUUCUUCAACCUUGAGGCCCAGAGCCCGUCACAGAGUUUUCUGCUCUUCCUUCCCCUCCAUACCGGAAUCUUCAUCACAGUCUCUGGCCUGUCUGUAUGCACGAUGGAAGGGGUUAAUGACAGAAAGGCUCCCUGGCCUGACUCAGCGUGCGGCUAACUCCGGGUGCUGGUUAAUCCUCACUGAGCCAUGUUGCUCGCUCUCUCUGAUCAGAUUCUCUGCCUCUUAUCCUCUGUAGGUGAAUAUUAUUUUGUCAGUUGCUCACGUAACUUGGUGAAAUCCCUGUAAAGUAAAAUAUCUCCUUGCCUCUUCCAUCCCAUUGUUGGCACCCCCUUGCUAAAGGAAACCAUCACCCACAAAAGGCAACGGUAACUGAGAAAGUGACCUCCAGGAUAGGUAGGUUUAUAUUGUUCUAUCUAAAAUGUAAAUGUUUGGUUCCCAGAAGAAGUGAUCCAGUUUGUACUUUACCUUAAUCAAGUUUACGUAAAUGCGAACAAAAGUUAAUGAACUUUCGAUAACAUAGUAAUUUGACUACCAUAGUCGUCAAAAUUGUGCUUAGUUUUAGUUGGCCAGAAUUUCUUCCUUUUGUCUUGUGCCAUUGAUUAGUGGUGCUGCCAGAGGCCCAUACUGGCGGGAAAAGAGGAUGUCGUUUUGUGAAGUUCAAUGUCUUAGUGAAUUGAUCCGUCAUCCAGUCACAGGAUGGAGCUGUGGGUUCAUGUAGAGGUGGCAAACCCCUCUACCUCCUGGUAUAUAAGAGAAGAAUCUUGGCCCGUCUGGGAAAAUCAUGAUGGCAUCUUGCUUCUUAUUCGACAGAGAUGCAAUACCAGAGAGUUGAAACCUAAACCUGUUAUCCUUUCUCAAAACUGGACUAGGAACCUGCCUGCCAUCAGCUCUGAACUGCGGCUGCUUUUCUUCUAUGGAACCACGUGCCGGGUUCAGAAGCUAUAGUUAGUUAGCAAUUUCGUUAUGUAAUUAAGUAGAACGAAGGAGGAAAAAUAUUUAGGGUACUUCUAACCACUAUUUUUGUGCAAAUAGUAUAAAAGUGAACUAAAAACAAUAGUAGAAAUUUCUACCGUAUCUGGAUUUAGAGUGUAUAUAAUUAAUAUACCUUUGUCCUUUUCAGGGAGAGCAAAACAACCACCACUACUAAUAGUUGGGAAGAGAAAAUUGGGUGGUUUUGCCAUAACAUUUAGCUAGGAAGGAUGCUUAAAAGCAUCCUAUGUCACUAGUAUUAGUACCAGUGUAUUUAGCUAUUCUCCCGUUAUGGUCAGUGUCCCUGUACAACAUUUACAGUCCCCACAGAUAACUGUUUCAGAAAUACAGGUAUUUCUUUAGAGAAGGGCCAGGUUUGUUUUCUCCUGUUUCUUUUCUAGGGAAAAUGCUACUUGCACAUGUUCGUUCUUGAAAUCUUCCUUAAUCAGAAGAGUUUUGGGUAGUAUCAACACAUGGAUAGGCUGUAGCUGUUCAGAGGUCUCCCAGGGGAGCUUAAAACUUUGGGGAAAACACUGGUUUUCACAGAUGCUCCACAUGGCUGUCUUUAAAAGACUCAACAUUUUUUUGUCCUUUGUUAUGCUUGGAACCCUGUCCCCCCCGCCCCACCCCGCCGUGUGUCGAGUCUUUGCAAAGAAACCUUUAGAUGUGGCUCAUAGGUAUAUGAAUAAGUAUCUGUGUAAAACAGUGAGUGUGCAGUGUGUAAAUACUUUAAAUUAUUAUGCUAGAAAAAUAAAGUUACCUACCAUGCUGUGGAA